UCAGCGAACCCUAGUGUUUGAGGGUACAACAGUCAGGAGUCAAGGUCGGGCAGCGGUUGUUUAGGGUGCAUCGGGACUUCUCGGUUUCCUAAAGAGAAGGGUGAGCCCUGCAAACGCGGGGUCCGUUAGUCUCGGGGAGGGGCUUCUCUCGGUUUGGCUCUCACCUCCUCUCGGUUUGGGGUGAGAGAACAGCCCCCCACCCCCCGGCUCUGCGCGCUCUGGCCGCGAUGGGGCCACGACUUCCCCUCCUGGUGGUCGCGCUGGCCGGCUGUCUGCUUCCUGCCCGAGGCUGUGUCAUGUGUGAUUCAGAGGUCGUGGAGGCGCUAAACUCCUUGGAGAAGGAUUACCUGCCUGGCCACCUGGAGCCCAAGCAUCACAAAAACGUGAUGAAAAGGGUAAAGCAAGCCGUGCAGGAUUUCAAGGAACUGCCGUUUGACGAGGAUUCCUAUAUGGGGGUCGUCGAUGAGCCCACACUGAAAAAGGCAUCCUGGAGUUUCCUGAAGGAUCUGAAACGCAUCACGGACAGUGAUGUAAAAGGUGAGCUCUUCGUGAAGGAGCUGUUCUGGAUGUUGAGCCUGGAAAAGGACAACUUUGCCAGCUACGCUGCUCAGUUCCAAAAAGAGGCUUUUUGUCCCAACAAAUGUGGUAUGAUGUUGCAGACUAUGAUCUGGUGCAGUAACUGCGAGAAGCAGGUUCACGCUUGUCGCAAGUCCUCGGAUUGCGGGGAGCGCAAGGUCAAGGUCCAUCAAAUGGAAGACAUGAUCCUGGACUGUCACCUCAACUGGCAUCAAGUGUCUCAAGGCCUGACCGAUUACAGCUUUUACAGGGUUUGGGGGAACAAUGCUGAGACCUUGGUGUCCAAGGGGAAAGAGCCCACCCUGACCAAGACCAUGGUGGGUCCAGAGGAUGAAGGCACCUACCGCUGCGAGCUGGGUACCGUGAAGUCCGGCCCAGCCACGGUCAUCCAUUUUCACGUCACAGUGUUGCCCAAAAGAAUUGAGGAGGAGAUACCGUUACCAGGCGUCCCAACCCAGGGUGAGGUGACCUUGGCUCGCCCCCAGUCGCCCACAACCCUGCAAUCUCCGCCGUCACUGUCGCUGAAUCCCGUGAAGAUGCUGCGAGGGCGCCUGAUAGGGCUGCUGAUCUGGGGCUCUGUGGUGCUAAUAGCCUGCAUCGCGACCGUGAUAAUUUGCUUGCGGUCUGGGAAGAUCCUCGAUUCCAUGAAGUCCUGGUUUGGCACUGUCAGUGGAACUGCUCAGCAACCCCAGGUUCCAGAGGAAAAGGCCAAGAAAUCAAGGAGCAAAUAAAGAUUUAUCUGGUUGU